GCGGCGAACGCGCGCGCGCCGCCGGACCCGCUCGCGGCGUCGAGCGCUGCGGCGGCGAUGUCGGCCAUGUCGGCCAUGUCGGCGCAGCGCGAUCUCCUGACGCUCCUCGGUCGCGGAUCCGUACAAACGCCGAUGAUGCCCCCGGGGCUGAUGGCGCCCGGCGGACCUCCGGGUCUCAACAACCUGGAGAGCAUAUUCGGCGGGGGCGGGCCGGGACUGGUGGGGGGCGGGCCGGGCGCGUCGAUUGCGGGCCUCCAGUCGAUGCCCGGUCACCAGCACGCAGGGAUGCUCGGUCACCAGCAGAGGAUGGCGGCGCCGCCUCCGGGAUUUGGCCAGGCGUCGACGCAGAACCCCUUCGAUCGCGUCUCGACCCCCGCGCAAUUGGCGCAUCAACAGCCGCCUCAGCCGCAGACGCAGUUUCCGCCGCAGACGCAGCAGUUCGGCGGGCAGCCCGUCGGACCUCCCGGCCUCGACGGAAUGUUCCGGCAGCUCUCCUUCGGCUCUGGCUCGGCUGAAAUCAACCAGCAGCAGCCGCCGCCGCCGCCGCCCAACGCGUUUGACGGCGGACCCGUCCAGAUGAACCCGCCCACGCACGGCGGCGUGAACGACGCGGCGCAGAUGCAGAACGGCGUCCGGGCGCUGCGCCGGCCGCAGCCGGGCGACGGGGCGUACGUGGCCGCCGCCGCGCCCGAAGCGCCCAACGGGACGGGUGGCGGCGGCGGCGGAGGCGGUAGAAGGAACCGGGGCCGAGGGGGCGGCGGAGGCGUCAACGGAGGCGGCGGGAAGGGGGGCAAGGGUAAGGGCGCCGCGCCGCCGCCGCCGGUCAGCACGGGUCCCAAGACGCUUCCCAAGCCGCGCGCCGUGCCGCCCAAGGCGUGACCGAGCCGAGCCGAGCCGAGCCGUCGGGCCUCACCGGGAGAAGACUCUUUUACUACUACCAUUAGGACCAAACGGAGGGCCGCUCUUUAAACCGGCGCCCUUUUCACGAUGUUUUUAAUCGCACCCACGGACGAGCACCUCGCUCGACGACGACUACUUU